GUACAAUACCUAUGGUUACAUCAUUUAUUUCAACAUUGAAUAUAAAUACUGGUGUAGCGCAACUUAGCGCCUGGCUUACUAGUCAAGCUAUUCAUGUACCUCCUGGUUGGAUUGAUGCUUGUGUGGCUUGGCUUGCUGAAGAGCAUGGAGGUAUUGAUGCAUGUAAUCAUCUUACAAAGUCUGAUUGGUGUCAAUUAAUAUAUGAGCAAUGGCUUCAUUCUGAUUUGAAGCAGUUAGAAUGUCCAGUUCUACCGUCAACUAUAUCUACUUCAAGAAAUCCCCAUGAAAGUUCGCUUAGCAGUGGUACUGAUGCAAAUACCAUGAAUUCACCUGCACUUAAGCUGGAUGGUGAACUUUGUCUUCAAGUUGUCAAUUUAUUCAACAUAGGUGAAUCAUACUAUGGUCAACUGAGACGAUAUGAGGGUAAUUUGAGCGUGAAUCUACCUUCAUUGGAAGUAGACGGUGAAAAUAAUCCAGAGGGACAUACUACACAAAUGACACAAGCUUUUAGUCAAUAUCUUAAUCAAAGUCCAACUCAAACAAACAAUUUUAGACAGUCAACAAUGGCCAAUUGUCUCACUCUAUUUCUUACUGAUGGAGUAAAUGAAAUCAAAGUUAUUGAAUUUGGCACCCAAUCCACAAGAUCACGAUCUUCUUUACCUUUUAAAGAAUUAUCAAAAAAACUUCGACCUGGAGUAAAAAUUCGUCUACGUGGACCAUUACUUUUACGUAAUAACGUCUUACUUGUUCCUCCUGGUGCUUUACAGUCACUAUCAAGCCAUCAAUUGGAAGUUUUAGGCGGUGAGGUUGAUGAACUCUUAGAAAACUAUGAAGAAAAUACUAUGUAUGAGGUUGGUAAACUAUUGGCUAAUAAACUAAAUAUACCAUUAACUGAAAAUAACAGCUUGCCGUCUUGGUUUCCUCGUGUAUCAUCUAGACAGUUACGCAGCCCAGCUGGCGAUAAUCUGUUACCCAGUAUAGAAGUGCCCGAUGAGCAGUCUAAUUAUGUACCAGACGUUCAACAAAACCGUAAUAAUAACAUUCCUAACAAUGGGAAUGGCAGAGAUCCAUUAAGUUCUGUUCGUUACCCAUUGAGUACUGCUUCUACUGGUGAUAGGGGUGUCGUCGGUGGCAGUGGUAGCGUUUCUCCAGAAUUAUGGGAUGAUGAAAUAUUCGAUGAUGCAAUAUUGAGUCAUGCUGCUCAAUCUAUGGAGAAACAGUUAGAUUGUAGUAGAAGUGGUGUAUCGAUUUCACGAAGUUCUGUCCAUUCGUUCAAUGAUCCACUUCGUUUACCAACAAGUGUUAUAUCUGAUGAACGAGAGCGACUGUCAAAUGAAUCUAAAUUUAGUGGUCUUCAACGUACUCACAGUGUUGUUGAUGAGAGCGAGAACAAUGUUUCUAUUGAUAGCGAUGAUCCGUUUUUAGAAGAUCAAGUCGAUCCAGAUAUAUUGGCUUCUGCUCUGGCUGAAAUAGACGAACAACCGUCAAUGAAUUCUACAAAUUUUCCCAAAACUAAUCAGUUAAAAGGGAAUGAGAUGCGAAUUUUUCAAUCCAAUAAAAAUGUAUCCGAAACAACUGCAACUUCGUCAACAUUAUCAUCAACUGUAAUGAAAACAAGUACAGUAAGUCAACCGAUAAAAUCACAAAUAGAAUCAAAACAAAGUUUGAAACAAACGUUAUUAAAGCUACAGUCACGCAGUCGAUUAGUGAAUAAACUGAGUGAUAAUCCAUCACUCCCUUCCUCUUCUUCUUCUUCUAAACCUCAACCGACUGAACCAUUCUCACCAGAACUAGUAAAACCAGAUAUCAAAAAAGUACAAACUAACAUCGACAACAAUGAAGAUCUUCUGCCACCAGUGCCUAAACGUAAAACAUUGGAAUUCAAACAAACAAACAGUACUAUUGCAAGUAAUAGUAAAUCUAAAAAUAUACUACAGUUUGCAUCUUCAUCCAGCCAUCAAGUUGUUUCAACGACUACAGAAGAUAAUCAUGAUAAACACAUGGUCAGUAGUAGACAACUGUCAUCCAGUUCAUUGGAAAUUGAUUAUCACUUUCAUCCAUUUUGUUAUAUUCAAGAUAUAUAUGAUAAACUACUUAAAACAAAAGAUAGUAGUAAUGGUUCAGCCUCCAUAAAUACUGUUUACACAAUUCGUGGUUUGCUUAUUAGUUUGUUGUCAUCAUUAGAACAUCAUAAUGGUACUAAAUGGACACUAGCUGUGCGAAUUACAGAUGGUAGUGCAAUUCUUGAUCUAGAUGUCGCUUCAGACUUACUAACUGAAUGGAUUGGUUUAACUCCUAGUGAAAGUGAAUCAUUAAGACGAUUGAGUAAAAUUGACUCGGAUUCUUCGAAUCCACUUGCAGUUCAAGAGGCACAAAAACAUCGUCAACGUUUACGUACAGCAUUAACAAAUUUCCAAAUAUUUUUAUCACAUUUAGGCGGUUUAUUCAAUAUUACAAUUCAAACAUGCAAUGAUAAUUUUGUAAAAUAUGGAAAGAAUACAGCAAACAAUACUAAUACUGCUAAUACUACUACUACUACUAGUAGUAGUAGUAGUAGUAGUAGUAUCGAUCAGUCAUCUUUAUCAUCAUCGAUACGUCCCAUUUUAAUAGGUUAUAAAGAAAUAGAUCAAUGUUGGUUGAAAGAAUUACAAAAUAGAAUUAAUGUUCGUUAUACAGAGAAAAGUUUGUUGUAAAAGAUGAAAGAUAAAUAAAUGAAUUUUCAUGUUAUUCUUAAUUUUGUAAAUAAAUGAAUUAAUAUAUUUGUGCAUAGUUUUAUGUGUAUUACAGUUUGUUUGAACAGUAUUAUUUUAUUACAUUCCAGAGGAAAUGUAAAAUUAUAUGCAAAUAUUUACUAUAACGAUGACAAAACAUACUAUCUCCUUUUGUUUUCUUAUUGGUUUUUGUGGUAAAUGAUGGAUAAUAAUUAUACUUGUGACAGUUUAAUGAUGUUUUAAUUGGUUGGAAUUGUACAAAGUCGACUAGGUUUUUCG